AUGCAGCUCAUCGUUGAUCGUGAGCUGAUAAAGGUUCUUGUUGAGACGCACCACCGUCAAGAUACCAAAGACUAUAUAAGCCACAAUAACCUACCACACAUGCACAAAAUUAUUCUUCAAACUCCCAAAAAUGUCCCGCUGAAAGAGCUUGCCUCCCAAUUAUCGGCUGAAUCAGACACGAGUAUGCCUCCUCAUUAUCUCUGGAUAGAACAGCCAGAAAAUAUCCCCACCUGCCUUGCCAUCGCACCAAACAGAAAACCAACGGUACGUGGUCUGAGAAUUUCUCACAUCAAAUAA